AUGGAUCUAACUUUCAUGAUUCUAAGCAUCAUUCUUCCCGGCCAACAUGGGCAUUUCGACAUUUCUUGCUUCGAGGAAACAGUCACACUUCCUGUGACAAACUGGAUGUGUGAAGAAAAGAUAGGGCCAGGACCCACUAGGGUACUACAGACAACGAAAGCAAAGUACUGGAUGAUAACCAGGAGAAAGCAGGGUGAUCAGAAGGCGCCUGCCGUCUUCAGCACGCCGCACGUCACCGUCGGCAGCGGCGGCGGCACUUCCUCGGCCACCUACUACGAGUCGUGGGAGGAGCGCGCGUUCGCCCAGGACUCCGCGGGGAGCCUCGGGGGCUGCAUCUGGCCGCCGAGAUCCUACUCGUGCAGCUUCUGCGGCCGAGAGUUCCGGUCUGCGCAGGCCCUCGGUGGGCACAUGAACGUCCACCGGAGGGACCGGGCCAGGCUCAAGCUCUCCGGGAUGGUGGAGGAGGGGGGCGGCGUCGACGUCCAUGGCAUGCCUCUGCACCAAGGCUACAUGAUCCAGCCGCUGCCGUGCCCUCCUCCAAGACCUAGUGCUCCAAGCACAGAAGCUAACCCUAAUUCAGUACGCAGUUUUCUUUCGGAUCCAGGGAGGUCGUUGGUGGAUGCUGCGACUGCAAGAACCAUUUGGGGCAAACAUGUCUUGGCCGCCCCUCUCGUGUCCCCAUCAGACACCCAAGAACAUGGUGAGAAAGAGGUGUUUCUUCACGAUGCCGAGGUACGUUCAGAGCAAGAACUGCGUGUUGGGGGUGGCGAGCUGAAGCUGGGUCUUUUGGGCCGCCGAACAAGAAGUGUCUUUGAAGAUGAUAAAGAAGACGAUGAAAGGAUUGUUCAUCUAUGUCGCAAGAAGAGGAGGAUUGAUCUAGAGGCUACCGAGUUCGUUCUUUAUUCUUCCUCUAGUGAGCAUCUGCAACGUGAUGAUCCUCGUGAUGAUGGCGACGAUGAUAAUCGUCGUGUGAAGGUACUUAAGCUUUGUCCUAGCACCCCUGCCGAGGAACUAGAUCUUGAGCUUAGGCUUUGA